GUCCCCCAAGCAGAAAAUGUUGACGUUCUGGCUGAUCAGUCGACGGUGGGAUUAACAACCGAAGACGGACAAUCCCCUGCCAUAAUCGGGGAACGUGCUCCCGCUCAAGAACCUUCCAUUCAUUUGCUCGAGCGAUCCGUAGAAGAGUCUUCGGUCAAUGAGGAAUCCGUCUCACCGGUGGGAGACCUGCCUACACCAGACGGUGCACAUGCGGUAUUACCUUCGGAGGCACUUGAUAGGGAUGGAAAUUUGCGCCGCGAAGUUCUUGGCUCCUCGAACCAGGUUAUCUUACAUUCCAAUCUUCCUAAAGAAAUAGCCCCCCCUCCAGAAGAAAUAAUCACGUCCGCCGAUGGAUUGGAUGACAAUCAAGACACAACCCCUUCGGGUGCAGUUACCGGCUCUGGACACGGUCCAGACGCACAAGACUCCACUGCUCCGGCACCGACCACCCCUUCGGGUCCAGUUGGUGACGACACUGACCUUCAAGAGACGAUUUUUAGUAUUGGGGGAUCCUCAAAUAUCGACUCGGACAAACAAGUUGAGCCGCCUCGAGUGAUCACUGACCACAUCAAUAAGGCGGAGCCCACUGUGAGCAGCGAUAACUUGGAACCGGCCGUCCGAACAUCAGUGGUGCAAGCAGCAGAUCAAUCGCUGUCUCAGCUAGAGGAUAAACCAACCAUCCAAGUCGUCCAAGAUCCCGCAUCGGCUAAGUCGCACGUUGCUGCUCAAGAUUCUUCCGUCAAUUUAGCCAAACCAUCCGCAGAGGGGCCUUCCGUCGAUGAGAGCCUUGUUUCAUCCUCUGCUUUGCCCGUACAUGGUGGAUCAGUAAGUGCGGAUGUGGCGUUCCCCAGGGAGAUAUUGGUAUCGGACGAGGACGCCAGCCUUACAUCCAAUGUCCCUCCAUCCGACCCGGCUGGGGAAAUCGGUGUCGAGUCAUCGGAUCGUCCUGAGCUUCCCAUUGUGGAAAAGGAUCCUGCCCCUGUAUUAGAUGGCGUAGAACUAGAACAAGAUGCAGGUGCUGGUGACGACACGACGCCAAGCGCCGACAAAUCUCCGGUCGGAUCUGGCGUCCAGAUUAGCACUGUUGAGCCGCCUCCUGUUGGGCGCGGCGCACUUGACAGUAGUACUCUCUCGCAAGAGACCCUUCUUUCGGCUGAUGGCACCGUUGUCGAGACCAGCGUUCCUGUGGACUUGCUCCGAGUUGUCAGUUCUGAGGAAGAGAAUGUGGUCGGCAAAGCAAUUGCGGACUCUACUGAAACCGCAUCUGCCAAGGGAGAUCAUGACCCCGCAAACGCGCUUGACAGCACGAUCCCGCCGCAAGUGACCCCUGCAGAUAGUGACAUUGCUGCCGUCGCGUCCAGUUUCACGGCGGAGUUACCUCAGGCGGGGACUCCCGACAUUUCAAAAAACAUCGGCCAAGCAGCGGCGAAUCAGGUUGAUGCGACGUCUGAUGUUCGAUCGAGUGGCGUUCAGUCUUCCACAUCAGUUGCUGAUGAGGCAGGUCGCGCUGAGAGCACAGUGCAGUCGAAUGAUGGGGCUGCUCAUGUUCUGGAUGUUGAGUUGGGCUCAGAUGCGGGCGCAAGCAGCCUCCAGCAAUCUCAAGCGCAAACUCGGACCGGCUCGGACCAGCUCAAUUCGGAAGCUCGCGCCGGGGCCAGAGUUUCACGUCCCCAAGAUGCGGUACAAGCUAUUGAGAGUGAGGUACCAAGAGGUGACGGCUCACCGAAUUUCGGUGCGGAACCACUGUCACCCAAAUUCGGAAUCGGCCGGACCGGUGGGGACAACUCAGUUUUUGGACUUGUUUCCAAAGAAGCCACGGAUUUAGCGAUCGCUGAGGAGACCAGGAAUGCUGCCGGUGUGCGAUCGACGAGUGAUGGUGAUAUCCCAAGGUCGGCGCAAUUGCCGACUAGAUCCCUAAGUGGCGGGAAGAAGGUUGUGUUUGCAUCUCCGAUAGCUCAGGCUCAAAAUUUGAUGGAGGAGUCGAAGGGUUCAGAAGCAAGGAAGGAUUCCACAGCGCCGCCAGAUCUCGGGAAUGAGGAUAGUCACGUGGAGAGUCCAAUUGAAUCAAUGGCGGAAGGGGAACUCCGUGGGGCCGAGCCCUUCUUGACUUCCACUCCGCUCUCACAACACCCUUCCCCAACCACUUUCGCCAACUCGUCAACAACGGCCAUGGCAGAUACACACUCUCCUUUGCACAGCAUCAGUCAAGAGGCUCUAGGCGCUGGGGUUGAAAUUGCUAGUCCCAAGGUCUCGCUCACGCCAACUGAGUCUGAAAUCAAUGGCUCUGCCUUCGAAGCGUCCAAAUUGAAAGGGCGUCUCGAAGAGGAAGGCGAUGAACGGCUAGGCUAUCCUUCCCCUCCCCCAAGCGAUAUCGAAUUGUCGACCUCUGCUGAACCGACGUCUGCUGAAAACGAUGAACAUGUGGAUCAUUCGUUGCCUCGUGAGCUGCCUAUCGACCCAGAUCGACUCGUAGGUCCCCAACUUCGCUCCAUUCUGCGUAACUCUUCUUCCCACUCUCCCAAUAAUAACCUGCCUUCAUCUUCUCGAUCCACAUCGUCAUCCCUGCAUGCCACUUCUGCUAUUACCCCUUCCACCGUUCAUGUAUCUACUUCCUCACCUUUACGGCAUGAGUAUCCGAUAUCCUCUUCACAUCUGCAUUCGUCCCCUGUAUCUGCUACUUCCCCCUUUUCUUCUCGCAUAUCCUCUACUACUGCUUAUGUUCAAUCAUGGUCGCCUCCUGCUAACCCCAAUUCUUUUUUACUGAACAUCGCCUUAUCUCAAUCCUACGUGCCAUCCUCCUCUGGUUCACCCACGCCAUCACGACAACGACAGAUCGAAUUGGCCAGCACAGUGCAAACUAUCCCUCAAGAAACCGGAUUCUUCAGCAUCAUUGGCGGUUUUCUCCUCGAUAUGUUCUUCGAACUGAGUUACUUGAUAUGGUGGUUCCUUAAAACGGCCAUCCCUGGAAUCCUUCUACUUCUUCUGCAUGUGGUAUUGGUGAUUAUCAGUGGGGUAUUGACACUUCUGAAACCUCUCACUGUGCGUGAUCCCUUAUCUUGGGGUGAUUCGCGAUAUUAA